AUGGAAAAAGAUUAUAGCUACAACCAGCCUUCUUCAUCAGACGAGUAUGACAUAACCUCCCUUCUUCAAGCAGAAGCUGAAAUGUACGCGGAUGAAGCUGAGAGUAGCUACAAUAUUGCAGAGCCGGUUCAGUACCCACCUCAACCUGAGGCUGAUGAUGGAAUCCCGACGACAUGCUACUGUGGUGGUGAGCCUGUUGUUGCAACAUCUUACACUCCUAAAGAUCCAGGCAGAAGGUACUUCACGUGCGACAAUGUUGAUGAUGGAGACUGCCAUGUUAGAAAAUGGUGGGAUGUGGCGGUUAUGGAGGAGAUGAGUGACUUUCAGACACAACUUAGGCAGCUUAAGGAUCAAGGUAAUGAGAGUGAGGAGAAGCUGGUUAAGCUAGAGAAGACAGUGUGUGAGUUAUCUAAGAAGAAAUCAAGGGUUACAAAUGGCUUUGAAUUGGUUGUUUGUCUAAUGGUUUGUGUAUUAGUUUUAAUAGGUUUGGUCGUCAUGAAGAGCUUCAAAGGCUUCAAACGCGAGUGUCUAACCUCGCGAGUGUCUGUAAGUAAAGACCUUGUGGUCAGCAAUGAGCAGAAAGCUGGUGCUUUCUGGAAGAGGAUUCAAGACUACUACAACGCAAGCCCUCACCUGAGAAGUGGUCAAAAUGAUGAUGAUGAGAUGAAAGCUGCCCUAGAAAUCUUCUACAAUGACUACUCCAUCAAGUUCAACCUGGAACAUGCCUGGAGGGAGCUGAGACAUGACAAGAAAUGGUGUUCCACCUAUCUGGCUAAGGACAGUGUGAAGGAAAAGCUCAAACAAGUGUUGGAGGUUGACGGAGAAGAGGCAAUGGGUAGACCUGUUGGGGUGAAGGCUGUUAAAGCUGCUAGUAAGAGGAAGAAGAGUGCUAAAGAAGAGGAGUUGUCAAAGUUACAAGGCCUGUUUGAAAUCAAACAGAAAAUCUCUAACCAGAAACUGUUUGAUCGUUUACUUGUCAAAAAAGAGCCACUCUCUGAGAUGGAAAUAUCUCUUAAACUCAAACUUAUGUCUGAGAUGUUAUGA